CAUUUUCAAAACCAGGAAAUAAAUGCAAACCAAAGAAAGGGAACGGCAAAACUACAAAUACGUACAAAGGGAACGACAAUUUGUCUUUUUCUUGUAGUUAUUAACAAGCCCAUCUGGGGAAUCAGGAUAAGAUAGUUAGAGAGAUCGAGGGAGAUGGCGAUUCAACUGAACCAUCUCUACGCACAAGCUCUCAGGCAUGAGAAAAAACAACCAAAGCCACCCCUCUCCAUCUCCACACAUCAAAGGCCGAUAAAAUUUCAAGUCAAAGCAGCAUCCAACGCCCAGCAGCUUAUACAGUCUGGUGCUAUUAAGCCCAUAUCUUCAAAAGAUGCAGCCAUGGCUAUUAGCUCUGAUGGCUUCAUGCUUCUCGAUGUCAGACCAGACUGGGAGAGAGAAAAGGCAAGAGUUACAGGGUCGCUACAUGUGCCACUCUUUGUUCAAGAUUUGGAUAAUAGUCCACUAACCCUUUUGAAGAAGUGGGUUCAUUUUGGCUACAUUGGGCUCUGGACUGGCCAGAAUUUUACCAUGUUAAAUCCCGAUUUUGUCAAGCAGGUAGACACCAUUGUUCCCAACAAGGAUGCCAAGCUACUUGUGGCUUGUGGUGAAGGACUAAGGUCUAUGAUGGCUGCUUCAAAGUUGUACGAUGAAGGAUACAAGAACCUCGGAUGGUUGGCCGGAGGAUUCAAUCGCGCAGCCGAUGGUGAUUUCCCAGAAAUUGAAGGACCAGAAAAAUUGCAGUAUGCAACUAUAGGGGGAGCGUCCUACUAUUUCCUUAAAUUGUUAAUUCUCUUACAAGAUAUAAGCAAGAGCAAUUGAUCAAUUGAUGAUAAUUUGUAAAAUGAGAUUAUGUUCCUCGUUCUCCAUUA